CACAAACCGAAGCAGAACAUCAUCACAGUGAUCCUGAAAGCGCACUAUCCUGCUGGUUGAUUUAUCCCGCACUUAUUCUUUUAUUUGUUGUUUUGUGUGUGUGUGCGUGUGUGUGUGUGUGUGAUCGAGUAUGCAGUUGGAGAGUCUGCUGCCCAGCUUACCCAAGACUUUCUACACGCUCUCUUCUUCAUCAUCCUCAUCAUCCUCUUCAUCCUCCGACAGCACGAGCCCGGGCUCGUCCACGCACACGAGCGCGCACACGAGCAGCGCACACGGCUUCCCCGGUGACGCGGACCGGACCGAGCACGAGCCUGACCCGGGUAAGAAGUACCGCUCCGCUAUGAUGAUGAGCAGCAGCAGCAGCAGUGCGAGUGGUGGAGGAACCGGGACCGGCGCAGGAGGAGGGGAGCGAGAGGGGGAUGAGUUCUCCACCGGGAGUAAGAGCAGAAAGAGUUCUCCGGUAAUAGGAGGAGGAGGAGGAGGAGAGGAGGACGAAGAGCUGGUGACCCGGCGCUACGGGAUCGAGGAGCUCGGUACCGACCGCUACUUCAUCUCGCCGAGCUCGGACGCGAGCGCGUGCUCGUUGUUCCCGUACGGAGCGCAGGCAGGCCCGGUGUACGGCGGCGCGGCCGCGCGCUACUCCUCACCGUACACCUCCGCCGCCUCGGUGCUCGCCCCGCCGCCGCCUCCUCCUCCGCCGCCUCCGCCGCCUCCACCGGGCGCCGUGUGCAGUUCCCGCGCUCAGCUCGCGCCUCCCAGCGCCGCCGCCUACCAGUUCGGACAGGGGCCCACCUGCCUGUACCCGUCCUACCACCCCGGGCUCGCCGUGGGCAGGGCGCAGGUGUACCUGUGUAACCGUGCGCUCUGGCUCAAGUUCCACCGGCAUCAGACCGAGAUGAUCAUCACCAAGCAGGGCAGGCGCAUGUUCCCUUUCCUGAGCUUCAACAUCGCGGGACUGAACGUGAGCGCGCACUACAACGUUUUCGUGGAGGUCGUGCUCGCGGAUCCGAAUCACUGGCGCUUCCAGGGCGGGAAAUGGGUCACGUGUGGCAAAGCGGACAACAACAUGCAAGGAAACAAAAUGUAUGUACAUCCCGAGUCGCCGAAUACAGGAGCUCACUGGAUGAGGCAAGAGAUUUCAUUUAGCAAGCUGAAACUGACCAACAACAAGGGUGCAAACAACAACAAUACCCAGAUGAUUGUCCUGCAGUCUCUCCAUAAGUACCAGCCGAGGCUGCACAUCGUGGAGGUGAGUGAAGAUGGGGUGGAGGACAUGAGCGGCGAGUCCAAAACUCAAACCUUCACUUUCCCUGAAAACCAGUUCAUCGCUGUCACAGCCUACCAGAAUACAGAUAUCACACAGUUAAAGAUUGACCACAACCCGUUUGCUAAAGGCUUCAGAGAUAACUAUGACUCGAUGUACACUGCUCCAGAAAGUGACCGGUUGACCCCGUCCCCCACUGACUCUCCUCGUUCGCACCAGAUCGUCCCAGGAGCACGUUACGCCAUGCAACCUUUCUUCCAGGACCAGUUUGUGAAUAAUCUCCCCCAGAACCAUCGUUUGUAUGGUGGAGAGCGUGCCGUACCCCAGACCAAUGGCCUUCUGUCUCCUCAGAGUGAUGACUCGUCCAUCUCUGCAUCAUCCUCGUCCUCCGCCGCUCAGAGGUGGUUCGUCACACCCGUCCAGCAGAAUGAGGCCGAUUACUCUGUCCUUCCUUACGGCAUCAAGCCUCUCCCGCUUCAGAGCCCGCACUCGUUUGGGUAUUACCCAGAAUCCUCUGCUUUUGCCUCGGUCUCAGCUGGAUGGAGUGGUGGGAGAAGUUCCUAUCAAAGGAAAAUGGUUGCUGGUCUGCCUUGGUCGCCUCGUCCUAGUCCACCUUCCUUCUCCUUUCCUGAAGACCCUCUCACGACAACGACAAUAACGACAAGCUCUAAAGAUAAGCUUCAGGAUGAAGGAACGGCGGUCACAGCAGGUGCCGGGGGCGUCUGGGGUCUGGAAACGGCCUCAAAUUUGAAGCCGUUGGACAAAUUCGAUGCGCCCUAUACCAUGGUGUGUAAAAGACGACGUCUCUCAGCCGGGGCCGAUGCCUCACCAACCAUAAAGUGCGAGGAUGUGACAAGCGACGAGUAUGGAAAAGAGCAGCCCAAAAGCUACUAUGCCUUUUACACCAGCCCUUAAAUAAAUAUUUUUCUCGGGUUUUCUCUCUUGCGCUAUUCCCCUCGCUCUACUAUUUUAAAGUGCUUUAGAUUUUUUUUCAUUUUCAUUUUAACCACAGGUGCCAAAGCUCUGUGUUCCUUAUCGUGAUCCUGAUUUUCGGUUUCGACAUUUUGUGAAAGAUGGGGAUUGAUUGAUUUAUUUUUCCUUUUAUCUUUUCAAAAUAAUCUGCUGUUUUUAAUUUUCUUUUCUAUUUAACAUAGAUAUAUAUUAUAUAUAAAAUCAAUGUGAUGUUUCUUUUCUUUCUCUUUUUUUUUUUUUUUUGCUUGCCCACUCCCCUUUAAUUUAAGAUCCUUUGGUUGUACAGUAUUUGUGCACUUUAGAUUGUGAUGUAUCUUGUAUAAAUUGUCCACAUGGCACUGGUAUGAGAUGUGUAAUAAAAUGUGCUUUUCAUAAAGUUCAUGCAAAAUUCA